AUGGCGAGCUUUGGCGGUAUCCCCAGGCGACGGUACGACGGCGGCCGACGCAAGGGCAGCAUGGCCGGCACCGCUUGCGAGAAUUUGCUCGGAGCUGCGUUUAGCCAGCCGGCGAGCGGCGUCGUUUCACAGCGCUGCAGGCACAUGCCCGCUGCAGAGGUGAUCCGUGCCAGCUUGCUCUGGCAACACGGCGGGCGCGCGCAGGCUCACGGCAGCGAGCAUUGCGCUGCUCCGCCUGCUGCGACGUGGAGCGUCAGACAGAGAUGGCGUGCCAAUCGGCCCAGCGCCGGCGAGCAGACAGGUACGCACUGCGAACAGCUGUUGAACGGCAGCGGGGCCCGUCUAGCUGCAGCGACGCACCGCUCGAGUGCGUGGUGCACUGCAAAUCCGCGCUGCGUGAUUGAGUCGCUUUGCCAUCAUCUGCGUGCGUCUUCUGCACGCCCAAUUGCACUCGCAGAUGCAGCCGGACCGCACGCACACCGGCCGGCAGACGACGCAGCUUGCCUGUUCCUCUCCCGCUGCAGCGCGCCGGGCGUUGGCCAUUGGCGAGGUGGGGAGGUGUGUGCAGCGCCUAAGCUCACGGACCCAGCCCUAAACCGCAGAUGCUGGGUUGCAUGGUUGCUGGGGCAGGCCGUCCUCCUGGCUGACUAUACCCUCCACCGUCCCAGGCGGCCCUUCCUCUCCAACCUUCUUUGUCCCCAAGAAGGCACCCUCUCCCUCUCUCUUAAAGCAGUUGCUGGCUGGGACGUUGGUCGUUUUUGGUUCCACCGGGCAGUUGCUACCAUCUAG